ACCAAAGCUGGUUUGCCAUCCGCCAUUAAACGUCAAAGAAGAAGAAGAAGAAGAAUCGCCGUCCACUCUCGAAAUUCACUCCCGGGACUCGAUCCGUCCCUCCGCGAGUCAUCAAAACUUUCGACGCAGCGUUGAGACUAUAAUGAGGAGAGAAAUUCAUGUUCAGUGAAGCUCCUCUCACAACAAUCACACAUUCAGCAGUUCAACAAUAAAUGCUGGAAUAUUUCCAUCAGUUCACAAGUGAAGAUGAGCAUCAAAUCAUCAGGAAGAGCUGAAAUCUGUAAAGACUGAGUUUAUUAAAGAGGACAGAGAGAAGAUGAGAGAUCCAGAACCCUGCAGAAUCAAACACUCUGAAGAUACUCAAGAACUAACAGAGUUGAUUGAAGAAAAUGAAGAGAAUGAAGAAUUGAGUGAAAUUGAUGAGAAUAAUCAUGUCAAAACUGGAGAACAACAUUUGAGUUGCUCUCAAACCAAACAGAAAGAUUUAAUGCACCGAGGAGCCAAGAAAUCUUUCACCUGUCCUCAGUGUGGAAAGAGUUUCACAUUCAAACAUAAAAUUAAAGCUCACAUGAGAGUUCACUCUGGAGAGAAACCAUUCACUUGUGAUCAGUGCGGGAAGAGUUUCACACAAUCAGCAAACCUUAAGGAUCACAUGAACAUCCACACUGGAGAGAAACCAUACAAGUGUACAGUCUGUGACAAGAGAUUCAGUCGGUCAAAAUACGUGAUCAGACACAAGGCAGUCCACACAGGAGAGAAACUGCACACAUGUGAUCAAUGCGGGAAGAGUUUUGCACUAAAACAACACUUUACGGCACAUGUGAGAGUUCAUACGGGAGAGAAACCGUACAAGUGUUUAUACUGUGACAAGAGAUUCAGUCAGUCAGGAAACCUGAAGACACACAAGAGGAUUCACACUGGAGAGAAACCGUAUCACUGCACUGAAUGUGGGAAGAGUUUCAAUCAUUCAGUUUCUCUACACAGUCAUAUAAAAAACAUUCACAGUAAGUAGAUCAUCUUCAGAUCCAGCUCUUUCUGAUCUGAUGCUGUGUCUUCACCAAAUGUGACACAAUAAUGCAUCGUGCAGUGAAAUAUCAUCUGGAUAAAUCUCUCAUUACAAGUGACAUGACAUAGAAACGUUUAUCUGAAGUAUUCACAGUGAAUAAAGUUCAUCUUCAAAACCAGCAGAUUCAACUGUGAUUCAGAUCAACUCAAAGGUGGACUUCCUCCACAAAGAACCAAGUCAGAAAGUUUUAUUCUUGUAUAUCAUUUUGUUUCAUGAUAUAAAUGAUAUCAGUGUUUUUUUAUGAGUUUCAUAUUCUGUUCAAUUGUCUUAUAAUGAGAUUCGGAUCAACUCAAAGGCUCUAUUCAGACGGUAAAUGUUUCUCCUGACACCUUGAGAUUAAAAGAACAUGAUAAUCAAUGAUGAACUCAUGAAGCAGUGGAAGUUCAUUCAUCAUUUCUGUGAUGUGAAGCUCAAGUAUGAUCUAAUGAUGAUGAUGUUUGGUUUAUACUGUAUGUUUAUUAUGUUUGAACUGAACUAACAGACAGGAUCACAACAGUCCUACUGACUUCUGAAGAACCACACACGUCUUUAUAUUGUUUGUUGUUUUUUAUCUUUUAUUUCAUUUCCAGUUUAACAGACUGAAUCUGUAUUUUUUUUUACCCUCUUGAUUGUCUAUCAUCUGUCAGCACAUCUGUCCUGCAGUGAUUGUGAUUAUUGUUGAGUUUGCAGUGUUUGCUGCUCCUGCUGUGAUUCUUCUUCAGAUCAUCUGUGUAAGAAGAUCUGGUGGGUUUUUCAGCUUCACACAAUCCACAUUCUGUCCAGAGGAGAACUGACCCCUGACUGAACCCGCUCUCUCACAAGUGUUUUUCACUCUCUCUCCAUUCUGCCACAGAUGGAAGUUGGUUCCUUGCCUGUUGUCUUUGUCUUUAGUUUGGGUCACUUAAUUUCUGGCAGGAUUGUAGACACUAUUUGAGCUGAACUGAGCUGGACGAUAUAGACAUCACUGGGGACUAGUUUCCUCUUGCAUUAUCAGCACAAGCUUUUCCAGUUUAAUUCUGUAAAGCUGCUGACACAAUCUGUAUUGUAUAAAGCAUUCUAGAAAUAAAGGUGGCUUGAUUUGA